AUGAAGCAAGAUCUGUUCAGAUACCUUCCAUCAGAAAUCUUCAUUGAUAUCCUACUGAGACUCUCUCUUGAAAAUAUUUCAACUUGCAAAUGUGUCUGCAAACCAUGGCUCAAUCUGAUUGAGAGCGAUGCUUUUCUAAAGUCCAAUCUUUCUAAAUUCUCCCCCGCCCUAGCCGUCUCCAUUGUGGGGACAGAUUCAAAUUGGUUCAAUGUUUUCAAAUUGGAGGACGAGCAUGAGCCCAAGCAUAAGCACAAGAAGGAUCCAAUUAUCAAGUUUAAUUUCCCUCAAGCAUCAACAAUACAAGGUUCUGUCAACGGUUUGCUUCUUUUGAAAAAUCCUUUUCGUAGUCAUCUUUAUGUAUGUAAUCCGACUACCCGUGAAUUCGUCGAGCUCAGUGGGCGUCUUACUCGUCCUCGGGCAGAUUGUUAUGGAUUUGGAGUGAGUAGAAUAAGCGGACAACAUAAGAUUGUCUAUUUUAACCCUAAGUAUGACGGAUGUCAUGUAUACACUCUUGAAGCAGGAUCUUCGUGGAGAUGCGUUGAAGUCGCUUCACCCUCGUUUGAUUGUUGCCACAACUCCAAUGGUGCAUUUGUUAGUGGUAAUCUCCAUUGGUUAGUUUCAAAUCUAUGGAGGGAGCCUCCUUAUAUUUGUUGUUUUGAUAUUGAGACAGAAUGUUUUAGCACCUUCUCUGCGCCCGUCGAAAAUUUUGAGAGAGGUUUGUAUGCUUGGAAGGGAAAGUUGUAUACUUUGGGGGGUCGCCUGUGCUUUUGUGAUGAUGAUCCAUUCGACCAUGAUGGUGUUUAUGUGGUCUGGUUGUUGAAUGAAUACGAAACAGUUGAUAAAUGUUGGUGCCAGGGAGCUUGA